UCAGAAUGUUGGUAUUUUGAACUCGUUUUUAAUUAUUUUGGCUGUCAAAGUAUUACUUGCCAUUUUGGCAUUUAUUUCUGCUAUGUCACUCCUCUGGGUCACUUUUAAAUGUAAAAUGUUUGGAAAUUGUAAUUUGCUUAUAGCUUUAAAUUCGUUAAAUACGGCAAGGAUUUUUCAAAAAUUACUUGAAAAUUUUUAUAAUUUCAGUCAAUUUUCCUUCUUGGGACAUUACCCCCUUUAAUUAUUGUAAUGUCUGGAAUUAAUUUUAUAUCCGUCAGUCGUUGUAUUUGGAUUCAAUGGCUACCCCUGUUUGCAUUUUUUUCUCAAAUCACCCUUUGUUUGUGUAUCGGUGUUGAUAGACUUGUGGCUGUUGGAUUCCCCAUUUUGUAUGUUUUUAGUUUAAUACAUGAAAUACAUGUAUCUGAGACAUGUAUCUGUCAGCUGCACCAAUUGAUAUGUCCGAACUUAUGA